CUGGAGCUUCUUAGGUCGCGACUUCGACUUUUGAGCUAAUAAUCCUAAACUAUAUCAGGAUCCGAGAUCGUUCGACGCUUUCCCAAGAGAGCACAAAAUUUACUCAUACUUUUAGUCAUACUUUUGUGCAACCGCCCUCUUUCAUUGUCUUCUCUUGUCGAACCUUUUUUCCCAUUUUCUUUUUCUUUUUCUUCCUCGUCUCAUAAUUUCACCUUUAGAAUCACAACCAAUCAUUGAAAAUGCAUUCAGCACUUCGUGUUGCUACUCGCCAAGCUGCAUCCCGCCGAGGAUCAGCUAUGGCCUUUCAAGCUGUAAGAGCUGGAUCCACAUGGGCUAAAGUACCUCAAGGUCCUCCUGAUGCGAUCCUAGGUAUCACUGAAGCUUUCAAAGCUGAUAGCUUCGAGAAGAAGAUCAACCUCGGUGUUGGUGCCUACCGAGACGACCAAGGCAAACCCUAUGUCCUCCCCUCCGUCCGCGCUGCCGAAGAUAAAGUUAUUGAGAAGCGUUUGAACAAAGAAUACCUCGGCAUCACCGGUCUUCCCGAGUUCACGAAAGCCGCCGCCGAGCUAGCCUAUGGCAAGGGCUCGUCCGCCCUUGAACGUCUAGUCAUCACACAGUCCAUCUCAGGCACUGGCGCUCUCCGUAUCGGCGGUGCCUUUCUGUCACGGUUCUUCCCGGGUGCCAAGACCAUAUACAUCCCCACCCCCUCGUGGGCUAAUCACAAGGCUGUCUUUAACGACUCCGGCCUCGAGGUCCAACAAUAUCGCUACUAUGACAAGAAUACCAUUGGACUAGACUUCGAGGGUAUGCUGGCGGAUAUUAAGGCCGCCCCCAAAGGAAGCCUAUUCCUGUUCCACGCCUGUGCCCACAACCCCACAGGCGUCGACCCUACCCCUGAGCAGUGGAAGGAAAUCAGCAACGUUGUAAAGGCCCAGGGUCACUAUGCCUUCUUUGACAUGGCUUACCAAGGCUUUGCCAGUGGAAACACAGAUAAGGAUGCCUUCGCCGUUCGAUACUUUGUCGAGCAGGGCCACAAUAUUGCCUUGGCCCAAAGCUUUGCUAAGAAUAUGGGUCUAUACGGAGAACGUGUGGGUGCCUUCUCCAUUGUAGCCUCAACGCCCGAGGAGAAGAAGCGUGUCGAGUCCCAGGUCAAGAUUCUAGUCCGACCUUUGUACUCGAACCCGCCGCUACACGGUGCACGCAUCGCCUCUGAGAUCCUCAACGACCCGGCUCUUAACGAACAAUGGCUUGGCGAGGUCAAGGGUAUGGCCGACCGUAUCAUCAGCAUGCGUGCCUUGCUCAAGGAGAAUCUCGAGAAGCUCGGUAGCUCCCACGACUGGAGCCAUAUCACGUCACAGAUCGGUAUGUUCGCGUACACCGGCCUCGAUGCCGCCGCGAUGGAAAAACUGGCCAAGGAACACAGCGUAUACGCCACGAAGGAUGGCCGUAUCAGCGUUGCUGGAAUCACGAGUGGCAACGUUGGCCGCCUAGCCGAUGCUAUCUACAAGGUCAAGGGUUAGAUGACACACUUAUCUUAGUGGAGAGUAGGAGGAAGUUCUGGGUACGUGGGAGUCAAGUCCCGAUCUAGACGCGCAAUAAGGAAAAAUGAAGGAAAAGAGAAAAAAAAAAAGCAUACCCGGUACGAUGUACGAUGGUACGACGGAUAGACGGAUAACCUAGUGGAUCGGUCGAUUGAUAGACCUUUUCAUCGCGAUAUUCCUCAGGAUGAUAACGGGGACUAUCCCCCACA